UUUAAGAGUCACGCAGCGCUGCCGUUUCCAGGACGACAAGGAACGACAAAACUCCGGUUCUUCUGGUCGGUAAACACCUCGGCGGCGGCGGCGUGGUCCCAAGUGUUGGCGGGGAAGAACAUGAAGACAUUUACUCUAAAAAACCUUACAUUCUUGUCGCUUUACUUCCGGAAGUGAAAUGGCGCCACCUGCUUCUUCUUCGUCCUCCGUGUUGGCUUUCAUUUAACGGGAAGCAAAACUGCUGGACUCGCAACUCUCUGACGGCGACACAAGCGGACACACUCAGUCAGUAAUGAACAAGUCGCCCCCUUAGUAAUGGCGCGGGAAAAGACGCAUUAAUAACCUCUUAUGUUUAAAUCGCCACCACUUCCGGUUAGCGCUGACCACUUUGUGGUCAUCGGUUGAGAAGCUUUGAAGCGGCAGCACAACGGAAAGGAGAGAAGGGUUUCAGGCGGAAGUGUGCAAGAUGAGCAAAAGUUUGAAAUGUGCGGGCGUGCCUGAAGUGGAGGAGCACAUCUCCGUGAAAUAUGACAUCAAGAAGCGACUCGGCAAAGGGGCGUAUGGUAUUGUGUGGAAGGCGGUGGACAGGCAGACAGGUGAGGUGGUGGCUGUCAAGAAGAUCUUUGAUGCCUUCAGGAACAAAACUGAUGCUCAGCGGACCUUCAGAGAAGUCAUGUUCCUGCAGGAGUUUGGAGAUCACCCCAACGUCAUCAAACUUCAGAAGGUGGUGCGAGCUCACAACGACAAAGACAUCUACCUGGUCUUUGAAUACAUGGACAGCGACCUGCACGCGGUCAUCAAGAAAGGCACACUGCUGAAGGACAUCCACAAACGCUACGUCAUGUACCAGCUGCUCAAGGCGGUCAAGUACCUGCACUCUGCCAACGUCAUCCACCGCGACCACAAGCCUUCCAACGUGCUGGUGGACUCUGACUGUGUGGUCAAGCUGUGUGACUUCGGUCUGGCCCGGUCCCUCAACCAGUUCCAAGAGGACAGCAGCAACCCGGCGCUGACGGAGUACGUGGCCACCAGGUGGUACCGAGCCCCUGAGAUCCUGCUGGGCUCCACCAGGUACACCAAAGGUGUGGACAUGUGGAGUCUGGGCUGCAUCCUGGGGGAGAUGCUGCUGGGCAAGGCCUUGUUCCCCGGGACUUCCACCAUCAACCAGAUCGAGAAGAUCAUGACGGCCAUACCUCACCCCUGUCCUGAUGAUGUUCUGUCCAUCAAGUCCGAGGUUGGCUCCUCCUUCAUUCGCAAGAUGUUGCUGAAACCUCAAGUUCCUCUGGAGGACCUCCUGCAGGCCUCAGUGCCUCCAGAUGCUGUGGACCUGCUGAAGAGUCUGCUGGUCUUCAACCCUGACAAGAGGCUGACGGCAGACACCGCCCUGCAGCAUCCUUACGUGGCUCGGUUCCACAAUCCAGCCAAAGAGCCGUCCUUCAGCCACGACGUGGCGCUGCCCUUGGACGACGACGUGCAGCUGUCUGUGGAGCAGUACCGCAGCAAACUCUACCAGGUGAUCAGUGAGAGGAGGAGCAAACAGAGCACGCUCACACUUCUCCAGCUGGACCAAACUGCAGGGAAGACUGAAAAACACCAGACAGUGAACGCAUCACCGCCACCGUUGCGGGCCGAAAAACACGUGAAUGUGAACGCAUCACCGCCACUGUUGAGGGCGGAAAAACACGUGACAGUGAAUGCAUCACCACCACCGUUGAGGGCGGAAAAACACGUGACAGUGAAUGCAUCACCACCACCGUUGAGGGCGGAAAAACACGUAAACGCAUCACCGCCGCCGUUGAGGGCUGACAGACACGUGACAGUGAACGCAUCACCGCCCUCUGAAAACUCUGGGAUGAACAAAUUCACAUACAACCCCAUCACGCACACGCAAAGUGGUUUCAUGCAGACUGCGGGCGCCAAGAGACCAGCAGCACUCAGCAGUGCCGGCUCGUCGCCAACAGGGGGCGUCGACACGUCCAUGGAGCAGAUCAUCCAGCGCGGUCGCUCGGCUCCCGCCAACCACGGCCGCUCCUUCUCGCUGAUGCUCACCCAGGCUCAGAACAACCCGCUGGUGCGCAGCAAGGACUCGCCCCUGUCCUCGGGACUGGGCGGCACCUGUGCCAACCCGGCCCGGGAAGGUCGUCCGGCCCCCCGCUUCAGCAAGAAGGUCUUCCAGAACAACUGCAACGUGUCGGCGGCCGGGGACCCGCGCGCUAAGCUGGGCAGCUACUGCCAGGCCUACGGGACCAUCAGCAAGACAGAACUGGACAACCUGCUUCAAGCCCGCACCUGCAACCAGUAGAUCCUUCUAGAGCAUGGCUGUCAAACUCUGGCCCCCAGUCUCAUUUUAUUUGGCCCUUGAGGCAAUCAAUUAGUGUUAGACAUCGACAGUGCCGCUGUAUCACCGCUAAUACUCAUACUUGCCAACCCUCCCAUUUUCCCGGGAGACUCCCAACAUUCAGAGCCACUCCCCAAAAUCAACCAUUCUCCUGAAUUUCUCCCAAAUUUCACCUGAACAACAAUAAUGGGGGCGUGCCUCUAAGUCACUGCCUUUAGUGUUCCCUACAACCUGUCAUCACGUCCGCUUUUCCUCCGUACAAACACCAAUCCAGCCCAGUCACAUUAAUACUUGCGGGCUUUUACACACGAACAAGUGAAUGCCAGGCAUACUUGGUCAACAGCCAUACAGGUCACACUGAGGGUGUUCGUAUAAAAACAACUUUAACACUGUUACAAAUAUGCACCACACUGUGGACCCGCACCAAACAAAAUUGACAAACACAUUUCAGGAGAGGGCUUCACGGUGGCAGAGGGGUUAGUGCGUCUGCCUCACAAUACGAAGGUCCUGCUGUCCUGGGUUCAAUCCCGGGCUCGGGAUCUUUCUGUGUGGAGUUUGCAUGUUCUCCCCGUGACUGCGUGGGUUCCCUCCGGGUACUCCGGCUUCCUCCCACCUCCAAAGACAUGCACCUGGGGAUAGGCCCCUCCCACCUCCAAAAACAUGCACCUGGGGAUAGGCCCCUCCCACCUCCAAAGACAUGCACCUGGGGAUAGGCCCCUCCCACCUCCAAAGACAUGCACCUGGGGAUAGGUUGAUUGGCAACACUAAAAAUUGGCCCUAGUGUGUGAAUGUUGUCUAUCUGUGUUGGCCCUGCGAUAAGGUGGCGACUUGUCCAAGGUGUACCCCGCCUUCCGCGCGAUUGUAGCUGAGAUAGGCGCCAGCGCCCCCCGCGACCCCGAAAGGGAAUAAGCGGUAGAAAAUGGAUGGAUGGAUUUCAGGAGAACAUCUGCACUAACACACCAUAAACACAAUGGAACAAACACCCAGAACCCCUUGCAGCACUAACUCCAGGUAUCUGGCUUGGGCACAUCACAUUAGUGUCAGGCCUGAAUGGCUGAUUUAUUAAUUGUUAUUUUAUUUAUUAAUUGUUAUUUUAUUUUCAAAUUUAAUAGCCUGUGGAAAAAGUUAAUUUAGAUUUUUUUCCUCAGAAGUCUGCAAAUAGAAAAGAGGCAUUACAUGUUUUAUUUAAAUUGUAUUUAAUACACCAUUGAUGAUUUUCCGUUUGUUUUUUUGAAAGUUGAUUUUGCACUAUUAUGUUAUGUGAAUGUUGUAUGUCUAUCUGUGUUGGCCCUGCGAUGAGGUGGCGACUUGUCUAGGGUGUACCCCGCCUUCCGCCCGAUUGUAGCUGAGAUAGGCGCCAGCAACCCCAAAAAGGGAAUAAGCGGUAGAAAAUGGAUGGAUGGAUGUUAUGUGUUGUAGCAAAUUGAGCAUUAAUCAAGGUUUUCUUCAUGCACAUUCUCUUGCUACUUCAAGGCUUGAAUGUUUGAUUUAUUCAUUGUUAUUUUAUUUUCAAAUUUAUUAUUAGGCUGUGGGAAAAAAAAAUAUUUUGAUGUUUACCUCAGAACGCUGCAAGUAGAAAAUAGGCAUUGCAUUUGUAUUAAAAUUGUAUUUGAUAUGCCAUUGAUAUUUUUUAAAUAUUAUUAUUUGAAACUGGACUUUACAUGUCAUAUAAAGUUAUAAAAGCCUUGCUUGCUGAAUAUUCACUGCAAAACUUAUUUGGGUCCCAAUUAAAAAGGUGGAUUUGUUCAACUUUGGCCCGCGGCUUUGUUCAGUUUGACAUUUUGUCCCACUCUGUAUUUGAGUUUGACACCCCUGCUCUAGUGGACUUGGACCUCACAUGUCUUCUUCCUGCUCUUUCUUUGCAGGACCAAACAGGACUUAAUCACCUUUCUGGGGUUCUGACCCAAAUCAUAGCAAGUACCCUUCUUUGUAGGAGGGAUCUGUACGGUCUAAGCAGUACCAAGAUGGCAAUUUCUGAAAUAAAGAUCAUAUGCAACCACUGCA